CGAGCCACCACUGACGCCUGGAGGACUGAGGACGCCGGGAGGUGUCACUAGCCAUGCGAGCGUGCCGACGACGAGCUUGAGCACGACGGGUGAGUGAUGGCGAAGAGCUGCGGCGGCUGAGAGGUGUGGCAGGCAGAGCAGGGACGGCACUGCUGGCAGCAGACACAAGACUGUGCGAGGCGCAUGCGCGCUGCUGCGAAGCAGUGCAAGGGCACUUGCUGCGUGCGUUGGGCACAGCACAGCGCUGCUGGCAGCUCCCGCGCAGAGGCAUCGCGUAGCUGCGACGGCGCUCUCAAGCAGCAAUGCGGCGUCUUGUCGAGGCGCCGCGGCCCAUGUGGCAAGCUGAGCCGCCUGUCCUGUCCUAUCCUGUUCCGUCUAGCACUCCCGCGGUUCAGUUCUCAGCGCACUCACACUCCCUCGCAGUGCCCGACUUUACCAUGCAGCUGCCGCCAGCCAAGGCCAAGGCCGAGGGUGCGCCGGCCGCGUCGGGCACGCGCAACACGUCUGCGCCGCGCGGCUACCUCACCGUCAAGGUGGUGGCAGGGCGCAACCUCGUGACGAGCUCUGCGGCGUCGCGGCCGUACGUCGUCGUGUCGUUUGAGCAAAACGAGUUCAUCGGGCGCGAGCCGAUAGACGAGCGCGCCGUGCCCGAGGCCAAGGGCAAGCCCGUGCCGGCGAGCGAGGCGGACCCGAGCGGCUCGCGCGCGCGUGCACGCACGGUGACGCCGGCAGACCCGGGCGCGCCAAUAGUGGGCAGCACGGCGCCCGGCGGCGGCUACGUGCUGCACCCGGCAUGGCGCCACGAAGUGACGUUUGACGUGACGCACAGCGACAAGCCCAUCUUCAUCAGCGUGUACGACCGGCAGGCCGAGGAGGAGGGCUUCCUGGGCAUGCGCGAGAUCCGCCCGCGCCUCGUGCCCGGCAUGCACUCGGACCAGUGGUACUCGCUCGCCGCGCGCGAGGACGACGAGGCGACGAGCGGCGCGCGCGGCGAGGUGCGCCUCGAGCUCAAGUACGAGCGCCUGAGCUCCAAGCGGCGCCUGACGCCGGCGGACUUUGAGUACCUCAAGCUCAUCGGGCGCGGCACGUUUGGGCGCGUGUUCCAGGUGCGCAAGAAGGACACGCGCCGCAUCUACGCCAUGAAGGUGCUCUCGAAGCGCGAGAUUGCCAUCAAGAAGGAGGUGACGCACACGAUGGGCGAGCGGCGCAUCCUCGAAAAGUCGCUCGACUGUCCCUUUCUCGUGGGCCUCAAGUUCUCCUUCCAGUCCGAGCUCGAGCUGUACUUUGUCACCGACUACAAGUCCGGCGGCGAGCUCUUCUGGCACCUGCAGCGCGAGGGCCGCUUCACAGAAGACCGCGCGCGCUUCUACAUUGCCGAGCUCGUGCUGGCGCUCGAGCACCUGCACAAGUACGACAUUGUCUACCGCGACCUCAAGCCCGAGAACAUCCUCCUCGACGCGACGGGCCACGUGGCGCUGUGCGACUUUGGCCUCUCGAAGCCGGAUCUCGGCGCCGGGCAGCUCACGAAUACGUUUUGCGGCACGACGGAGUAUCUGGCGCCCGAGGUGCUGCUCGACGAGAGCGGCUACUCGAAGCUGGUCGACUUUUGGAGUCUCGGCGUGUGAGUGCGAUGCGGGGGGAAGACACAUGCAGUGCGCUGACGUUUUGCCACAGGCUCCUCUUCGAGAUGUGCUGCGGCUGGAGCCCGUUCUACGCCGAGGACACGCAGCAGAUGUACCGCAACAUCUGCUUUGGCAAGAUCAAGUUCCCGCGGGGCGCCAUCGGCGACGACGGCAAGCAAUUCGUCAAGGGCGUGAGUACGAGGUGCUGUGGAAGGCCGACAGCGGGUCUGUCGAUGCAAAGCUGACCUCUUUGCUUAGCUGCUCAACCGCAACCCCAAGCACCGCCUCGGCGCCCAGCGCGACGCGCUCGACCUCAAGAGCCACGCC